UAGCAACAAUGACUAGUGCAUUUCUAGUGCCAGGCAUUACGCAGUUUAGUCGGGCUCUGAAAAUUCAGCCCGACCAAGUAGUAAAAUCUAUAGUGGGAUUAUCUGCAACCUGAUUGGUUGACAGCAACCGAGCAAACUCAAUUGCGCUGUUUCGCAACAUCUAGUCGGGCUCUGAAAAUCCAGCCCGACCAAGUAGUAAUAUCUAUAGUGGGAAUAUCUGUAAUCUGAUUGGUUGAGAGUAGCUGUGAACACACUCAAACGUUUAACAACAUCUAGUCGGGCUCAUUUUCAAAAGCGUGACUUGAAUUUUGAGCCUUCGAAAUAUACGUUCGGAAAUCGUGAUAACUUACAUUACAAUGGCUUCGGCUAAUGAAAUCGAUGUAAUAAGUGAACUACAAAAGAAACCAUUUUCUGUUCGACAAUCAGGCGAGCAAAAUAUACUCGUAAAGCAGCGGCCAAUUCCAAAUUUACAAGCGACUACAGGCAAUAGAAGCUUUCAGGAAAUUUGGUACUCGAAGAAAGAUAGGCUUUGUGGUAGCUCAGAAAAGAAUGCAUUGUUCUGUUGGCCUUGUCUUUUGUUUUGCCCUGGAUCGUCAUCUUCAUGGACGCAGACGGGAUUCAAAAACAUGAAGAAUUUCCUAUCCGAUUGUAAGAAGCAUGAGAAGGCAAAAUCGCACUUGGGUGCUUAUAAGACCUGGAAGACCUACGGUUUUCAGCCUCGUCUCGACUGUCUCGUGUCACAAGCCAGACGUGAAGAGAUUCAGCGUCAUAACGAGGAGGUUGAUGAGGCAACUGAUGUUUCUACCAAAGAACAAUUGAGUGUAAUUGUUCGAAUGGACAAAGGGGAAAGUGUCAUUGAAAGACAGCUUGGGUUUGUUGAUGUUAGUUGUGAUAGGACUGCAACUGCUAUAUCAUCAGUGGUUAAGGGUAAGUUAAGUCAAUAUAAUAAUGUGAAAGAGAAAUUUAUUGGACAGACUUAUGAUGGUGCAUCUGUUAUGUCUGGUCAUCUCAAUGGUGUUCAAGCUCAAGUUCAGCAGGAUUAUCCUUAUGCUCAAUUUGUUCACUAUGCUCCCCAUAGACUAAAUCUAGUAUUAUGUCAAACUCCAUCCCCCAUUUCACCUGUUAAGAUUUUCUUUGUUAAUAUUAGUGCUUUCUGCACCUUUACUAGCAAUUCCCCAAGAGAAAAGCUUUACUAUCAUCCCAUAGGCUUGAGUUUCCUAGUCCUGGUGACACAAGAUGGUAUUAUAGGGCUCAUGUCAUUAAUGUCUUGCAUUCUAACUCUGAGAAACUGUUAGACUUAUUUGA